AUUGACCCGUGAGGGCAAAUGGCAGACUGAUGUGUAAAUUCCAACCUGUGUAUGUUGAAGAUGAUUCCUUUCCAUGGUUAUCUUAGAACCGGGACAGAGGUGUCAAUUGGGUUUUGCAGUGCCGGUGAUUGCCCUAGUGAGCUGUGUAAGGAUAAAUGAGACUUAGAAAAAUCAACUGCUUUGUUUUCGUUGCUUUGCUUGUAAUUGCAGCUUAUCUUGGGUUUGCAGAUGUUCAGGUACAGAAUGACAAGCUGGUACACUUCACGGUGUUCUUUAUCCUGACGACAAUGUUCUACUGGUUAUUCGACGCCCAGAGCACCAGGACCAUAAGGAACCUGACCGUGGUAGUGUGUACUCUAGGCGGUGGCGUAAUAUCUGAGUUCAUCCAGGGGCUCCUGCCUUACAGAACAUUCGACUUGUGGGAUAUCGCAUGCAACGUUGGCGGGUCGUUACUUGCUGUUGUCCUAUCCGUUGUCUACCAUAAGAAGAUCCUAGAGAAGAAAAGACAACAGAGAUAUGAGCAAUUGCGCAGUUCAAUACCCCAGGAGCCCGAGGAUGUGAACUUUGACAUGGAUGUCGAGAGUCGCCCGAGUAGAAACGACCUGAGCAGAUUCACGAGCACAGAGGAUGUUUCCCAGAUUGGAGACUCAAUUAGAGAGAACAAUAAAGACGUUGAGUUGGAUCAUUUAGGCGUUGAUUGAAAGAGUUAUAUAUAUAUUUUGAAAGAGCAAAUACACACAUGUGCGUAUUCCCUCGUGUUCACCCUAUUUACAGCAGACGGUGUUGUCUUCAUCUGAGUUUGAUAUAAGCUCUAUGGAGCAUAGCGGCCUU